AUGAAAGAUCUCCGACGGUACCUGGUGUUCAAAUAUAUCCAGUAUCUUGUCUUGCCGUUUCCCAAUGUGGUCAUCAGCUUGCUGGGCCUAUGUGCUAGUUUGUAUGUCACACUGCUCCUGAUGUCUCCCAACAUUUCCAGGAAAUCCACGGUGGUGUUUAUUCAUAACGUGGCCCAGGCAGACAUCCUGGUGGGCUUUAGUGUGUUUGCUAUGAUCUGCGAUACCUCCCAGGGUGAAAGCUCAUCAUGUUCUUUUCGGACGGCCCUGUGGCAAAACUUCCAGACUGCAAAUGCCCACAUCAGUUCCCUUUUGCUCAGCUGUGUGAGUCUGGAGGCCUUUCUGAUCACCUUCCUUCCAGCUGAGACACGCCACAUAAGAACGGUUAGAUGGGCUAGGGGGGCUUCUAAGUUCAUCUGGAUUUCUGUCAUUGCUGAGUGUAUUCUUUACCAGCUGGACUGCUUAAAGGACCUCAAUGUCGUUUCUCUGGGUGCACCCAAGCACACUUCGGUGCUGCUUACCUUCUGCAAUGGAGCCGCAGUCCUGUUGAAGUCCUUCGUUUAUCCCAUUGGUUUACUCUUACGAAUCAUCAAUGUGUAUCUCUUUUAUAAGAUAUUCUUCAGCAAGUCACCCUGA